CUCGGCCCACGCUGCUGGCACCAGGCUCCGGGAGAAUGGCAGCUCCGCGCACCCUGUGGCUGGCGCUGGUCCUGCUGGGGGCCCUGGGCGUCCUGCAGACCCCGGCCCAGGCCCAGGCCUCCGUGCAGCCCAACUUCCAACAGGACAAGGUGAGGCGCUCCCCCGCCCGGUCCCCAAGGCGGACAGGGCUCUGUGGGGGGAAGGGGGUGCUCUCUGCCCCGGGCUAUGUCCCUGGGAAGAGGGCUGCCCCCCGCCCAGGAAGAUGGGUGUCCACCACCCGUGUCCACAAGCGUCACAUGGAACACGCAGACACGCCAGCCACCCCUCCAAAUAGUCCCCCCUCGGAGCUCAGGACGCUCGGGGGAGCAGCCUGCGUGUUUGCUGCCCCCCAGGAUCCUGGUUGGGGAACACGGGGCCCCUCCCCCGCCCCUGGCAGAGUUCCCAGGCUGUGCAGGCAGGAGGCAGGGGGAGGGCUGGGAAGGCAGCCAGAGGGGAGCAUCCCGCCCCUUCCCAAGGCCAGAGGUCGGGCAGGGUCGCCCACUGUGGUCAUCUUGUCCCCAGACUGGGGCAGCUCGCAGGACGUGUGGGUGGAGGAGACGGAUUACGGAGAGUACGCUCUGCUCUACGCCGUGCUCCGGAGACCACGGUCCUGCCCAGGCCGCACCCAGACCCCGCGGGCGGCUGUGAAGGAGAAAUUCACCACCUUCGCCCGGGCCAAGGGCUUCACAGAGGAGGACAUUGUCUUCCUGCCGAAGACGGAUAAGUGCCUGGAGGAGCAGCAGUAGGCAGGUGACCCAGCCCUCAGGAUCUGGCCGCCCGCCCUGCCAAUCUUCUCCGUGACCCCGAGUCCCCAGCUCUGGCUCCCCAACCACCACUCCGCCCCCUCGGCUUUAUCCUGCCUCUGACAAUAAAAUCUAGAAGCAACUCA